UGCAUACUUGACAUCCACACAGAAACAAAAGCAUCACCUCCCAGAAAGAUGAAGAGGCUCAUCCUUGCUCUCUGUGCCCUUGCUCUGGUGGCGCAGCCUUAUGAGGCCACGUCUCCGACCACUGAAACCAACGCUACAACACCCUCGUCCACUACCACUGAGGCACCAACCAGCAUGACAACAAGCUCCUCCACAACUACUACAACACCCUCGUCCACUGCCAAUAAGACACCAACCACCACGACAAGCUCCUCCAUAACUACUACAACACCCUCUUCCACAACCAAUAAGACACCAACCACCACGACAAGCUCCUCCACAACUACUACAACACCCUCGUCCACAACCAAUAAGACACCAACCACCACGACAAGCUCCUCCACAACUACUACAACACCCUCGUCCACAACCAAUAAGACACCAACCACCACGACAAGCUCCUCCACAACUACUACACCUGGUGGCACUACAACCACAACUACCACCACCUCCAAGACCACUCAAGGCUCUAAGCCCACCCCCUCUAAGACCACGGAUCCCUCCACGGCCACCACAACUGGUGCCAGUCCAGCCAUGACCUCUUCACUCAGCCUUUUCCUGGCAUCCCUGGUGUCCAUUUUCUCCAUCCUCCUGCUACACUGAGCACCAACCUUGAACAGCCACAGGGGCUCUGAUACUUUAGCAAGAAAAACUAUGCUGGUAUUUGAGAACAGCUGAGAGUGAACCUAUCAAGAUGAAAGAGGGGGAAAAAAGUACUUACAAAUUAUUUUUCAACAAAGUGUUUAAUAAAUCUGAAAUGAAUGGCUGAAUCAUAGUCAGGGGAGGGCAGGUUUAAAUCCUGGCAGUGCCAAGUUGUAGCUCUUCACUGGGGAUUCCACAAGGAGCGUUGCAUUGGCUUUGGCGCUCCUGUGGGAUAGAGAGGCAAAAUUGGGACUGUUUCUACUCAUCGCAUCACAUUUAAUCUGUAGUUUGAACAGUGAUUUUAUAUGUGAAAAAUAAUCUCUCUUAAUUAUGUUUUUUUUUUUUUUCCGUUUUCUUAAAUUGUCUGGUGCUGAUUCUGCUUAGAUCAUGAUUUGCUUUUGAAAUUCUGACGGUAUGAGAAGGGGAAGCAUAUUAGCGGUGCACUGUUCACUGAAGCCUGUGCAACAUGGAUAUACUUCCCCACCGCACUUCCUCACGGUUAGCCUUGAUAAGUAUGUUUCUGAAGCAAUGUUUGCAGCGAUAGUUAGUAAACAUGAAAAACAAUGACCAGAAACAACAGCAAAUAAUAAGAACACACAAAAUUGUAUAAUUUAAUUAAAAUAAUAAUAGUAGAUGAUUUAUCAUAUAUCCCUUAUGCAUAGUAAAAUCUGUAUGUUAAUACUAAUUUCAGUGGGAUCUUUAAUGUUUCAUGUAAUUUUUCCAUCUCUUAAAGAAUAAACCACCCCAGUUCUUUAA